CCCCUUCCUCUUUCCCUCCGAGAAGGCGGCGGAGGCUGACUCUACAGUCAUGGCCAAGAUUAAGGCUCGAGACCUUCGCGGCAAGAAGAAGGAGGAGCUGCUGAAACAGCUGGAGGACCUGAAAGUGGAGCUGUCCCAGCUAUGCGUGGCUAAAGUAACAGGCGGCGCGGCUUCCAAACUCUCCAAGAUCCGAGUUGUUCGCAAAUCCAUCGCCCGUGUACUCACCGUCAUUAACCAGACUCAGAAAGAGAACCUCAGGAAAUUCUAUAAGGGCAAGAAGUACAAGCCCCUGGAUCUGCGGCCCAAGAAAAUGCGUGCCAUGCGCCGCCAGCUCAACAAACACGAAGAGAACCUGAAGACCAAGAAGCAGCAGCGGAAGGAGCGGCUGUACCCACUCCGGAAGUACGCGGUCAAGGCCUGAGCAUCCAGGUGUCAAUAAAACAAACAAACGGGAAAAAAAAU